AUGGGAAAGAAGAGACGCAGCCCCACUCUAGAAGAGGUUCUCGCUCGCCCCUGGUGCUACUACUGCGAGCGCGACUUCGAUGACCUCAAAAUCCUCAUCUCACAUCAGAAGGCGAAACACUUCAAAUGCGAAAGGUGUGGUAGGAGAUUAAAUACAGCAGGAGGACUGUCGGUGCAUAUGAGUCAAGUACACAAGGAACAACUCACAGCCGUCGACAAUGCACUGUCUAACCGGUCAAGCCUCGAAGUGGAAAUCUUCGGCAUGGAGGGAGUGCCAGAGGAUGUCAUCCAGUCGCACAACCAGCGAGUCAUUGCCCAAUUCCAGCAGUCCGAAGCGGAGCGACAGGCUAUAACUGGGAACCCACCAUCGGGAGCGUCGAAUUCCAGCGGCCAACCCGCGAAAAAACCCAAGACUGAGAAUAUUUCAGAUUUAAAGAAGCGACUUGCGGAGCAUAAGGCGAAGAAAGCGGAAGCUCUCGCUGGAGGGAGUAGCGGGGAAGCGACGCCGGUUGGGGCUGGUCAGACACCAAAUGUGGCCACAUUUGCCCAGUCUUCAGCAAACCCGGUCGCCGGGGCCGCACCCGUCGCCCCUCCCCAAACAUUCUCCUAUCCUCAGCCGUAUGCGGGGGCCGGCUCCCCUUACCAGGCAACGGCAAGUCCUAUUUACCCAAAUUACUCACCAGGUGGGCAACCACAGUUCCCUCCAUCUACGCAAUACUCUACCCCUGCUGGGUAUUCGCCACAGCCAGCUCCGGGCUUUGGAAAUACACCUCCAACACAGGUGCCACAGCAGCAACCCCCGCCGAUCAACUCUCCUCAGACUACCGCAUUUCCUCCCCGAUCGGGAAGCCUACCAGCGGCAUCGGGUCUGCCGCAACGACCCGCCGUCGGUGCUCCUCAGGUGAAUGCGUACCAGCUACAACAGAUGCAUAUGGGCCACCCCGUUCCUGGUGGUGCGGCUGCGCCUGGUGUUGCUAAUGGUGAAAAACCUGAAGCUGCAGCAUUUUCUUCUUCGAUCGAUGAUUUGAUCUCGGGAGCUGCGAAGGAGGCUGACCAGGCAGCGACACCUAACGUGGCUCAACCGGCCAACGGCGCAGAAGAGAAGCCAGCCAAGAAAGAUAAGUCGAAGCAGUCACGGUUGGUAUAUUCAGAUAAUGAGAUCAGCCCGGAGGAGAAGUUGGCUAGAUUGCCAAGGUACGCAUUCGUUCCUGAUAAUCGGACGGAGACGGCGCUUGGAGAGCUUCCUUCCUCUGUAGUCGUGGGAACAAUUCGCCAGUCAGACACAAUAGUCGAUGCCGCGGGAUAA